AUGAGUUUCUUGUCUAUGUUUAACAAUGCAAAUCAUUUACUAUUUUUAUUACUUUUACCUUUAUCCUUUGAUCUUGGUGGCCCAGCAACUGGUUUAGCAUUGUCCUUUGCAUUAUUUCUAUAUUACAUUGUUUUGGGAUUUGCUAAAAUUAUGUGGCAGAAAAAACAUGGUUUCGGCUGGGCUAUGACACAAAUCCUAAUCUGGGCUCAACCAGUUUUGAUUCCUUUCUUUAUGAUACAUUCAGUGAGAUUAACUUACAUCUUAAUAGAAGAACAACAAAAUAGUCAAUACAAUGGACCUAAAUUUAAAUUACCACUUGUUUUAAAUGUUUAUCAAGGUUUAUUGUCAUGUUCUGCACCGAUUUUUACAUUGGUAGAAGCAAUUGCUACUUCCAUGCUUAUUUUAGAAAUUAGACGUUAUGUCAAAGAAACGCUCGAGGAUGAAGAUUUGAUACAUAAUAAGGUGUUGAUAUUUUUCCUUUGA